GCCGUCACUACAAAACACAGGGGAGGACGGUCAGAUGUGGUUACUGACUGAUAAUAUUCCAGAACACUGACAGCUGAUAUCUGGAGUCACCUUCAGUUGUAGUGGUUUAGAUUCGUGAAGUCAGACUCAAAGAUGCAAAACUACGCAGAGGCCGUGAAGGAAUUCGCAGAGAAUCAUGCGACUGGUCUCACGAUUGCAGCUGUCACAGUGGUGGGUAUGCUGGCCUUCCGCAGAUGGAUGGCGGGGCCAGCGUGUCGCAGCAAGGCCAGGCUGGAUGGAAAAACAGUCCUGAUCACCGGCGCCAACACUGGCAUUGGGAAGGAGACGGCCCUGGACAUGGCCCGGAGAGGCGCUCGAGUGAUCCUGGCCUGCAGGGACUUGACCAGAGGUCGCAUUGCAGCUGAUGAGAUCCGGCAGCAGAGCGGAAAUGGCAACGUAGUGGUGAAAAAGUUGGAUCUUGCUUCACUGCAGUCUGUCAGAGACCUGACCAAAGAAAUUGAAGAGAAAGAGGAACGCUUGGACAUCCUUAUUAACAAUGCAGGUGUUAUGAUGUGUCCAAAGCUUCAAACUGAGGAUGGAUUUGAGCUGCAGUUUGGCGUCAACCAUCUGGGACAUUUCCUUCUUACAAACCGCCUCCUUGACUUGCUGAAGAAGUCGGCUCCCAGCCGUGUGGUCAUCGUCUCGAGCGUUGGACAUGAGAAAGGUAAAAUAUCGUUUGAUGACAUUAACCUCGAUAAAAACUACGACCGUGUGGCAAGCUAUCGUCAGAGCAAGCUUGCCAAUGUCCUCUUUGGCAAAGAACUGGCUGCAAGAUUGCAAGGCACUGGUGUGACGGUGUACAGCCUUCACCCUGGGGUCAUCCGCACGGAGUUGGGCCGCCACCUGCUGCCUACCUUACCUUUUUGGCAGAGGGCGAUAUUAAUACCUGGAAUGAUACUGAUUAAAAAUCCACGGGAAGGAGCCCAGACCUCCAUCUACUGUGCAGUGGAUGAGAGCCUGGCGAAUGUCAGUGGACUCUACUACAGUGACUGUGCGCCCAAGACGGCGGCGCCGCAGGCCCUGGAUGAUGCUGCAGCCAAGAAGCUGUGGGACCUCAGUGCUUCCAUGGUUGGUCUGGCUUAAACAUGGCAGCCGACCGCGGCCUUUGUUAAACCCUUCUUUCAUGUGGGGUUGGAAGCCCUGCCCCAUUUUUUUUUAAUCACUUUCAUAUGAAAAGGAAUGAUGUUAUUCUGAUUUUUUUUCUUUGAGCAUUUGCAGAACAAACGUUUGCACUAUUUACUCCAAUGGCACUUGUUUUAUGAUUGUAUUAUUCAGAAUGUGGGUUCUUAAGGAGAUUUGCUUUGUUUAAUGAUAGCUCUGCAACGCUGCUGCCUAUAUCAGAACAAUAAAUUCAUGCUAUUAUUGCAAUAUGUACAAUACUAACAUGCCUCUGGGGGAAAUAACCCCCAACCUUUUGCCAAUCAAGUUCUAUGUGACAUUAAAAGUUUAAUGAAAAGCACAGUUUUAAACAAAAAGGAAAUAUAUUGUUGCGAGCAUAAUCACGUGAAACGUGAAGUAAAAGAAGGGAAGGGUUAUGACCACCUGCAGGCUGAAAAUGCAGGAUGUGCUGAAGUGGCUCCCACGUGUUGUGCAAAGGAUAUGACCUUUAGCGGUGGCGUUCGUGAGCCGCCUGUUGCGCUUGAGAGCAAAGAGGAUCCUCCACCAGGUGUAGAGAGGGAGUGGACGCCUCGGGCACAGAGAGCAGUUAGGAUACACCCAGCAUAUCCAGGAGACUCGUCCACUCACACAGUGCCUUUCCGUGUGUGUGUGUGUGUGUGUGUGUGUGUGUGUGUUUUUUUAUAUAACAGAUACUGUUUGUUCUGUUGUGACAGGAUAAUGACAGUGUUUUGUUGCUUUUCAUUCUUUGAGAUGAGUUUUUUUUUUUAACCUGAAUGUACUCUAUAUGAACAAAGUGUGCAACAAAAAAACCAGCAGCUGUGUGAUAUUUUUGACAAUAAAUUACACAUGAAAAGUGACAUUUCUUGUAGCAGUUAUUCAAAAACAAGUGCAAUGUCUUCAACCAUUCAGAUACUGAAGACUGUUGAUUUAUGGAAGACUGAUGGCUGUGCGUAAACAGACGUAAAUAGAAAUACACAAUACAUGCACUUUCUUCCACGCUUAUGGCAUUGUUCUGAUAAUGAAAACGACAAGUUUGUGUUGAGAGUGGUUUAUAUAUUUUUAAUAUAUCCACUUACAACAAUAGAAGCAGCUUAAAAACGCAUCUGCUCUGCUUUUUGAAAGC